CUAAUAUCUUAAUCAUCAACCAUUGAAAAAAGCAAGUAACAAUUCAAUUCCCCGCGUCAAUUCCGGAUCUCCGUAGUGUCUCCACCAAAUUAUCCCGCACCGUCGGCAUUCGUAACGCAACCUCACAUCAUCACAUCAGUAAAUCAUGUCCUCAAUAUCCUCCCUCUGCGCCGCACUGCAGACCUCCACGACACACGUCGUAGACGGUCUGCGAAACUUCGUCACGUAUUACCCGCAGGCGAGGCUGGACCUGGCCAGCUUGUCCCGGGAGCUCGCGGAGCUGCAGAUGGUAGCGAGGCUGCUGCAUCACAACGCCCAGGCUCUGGAGUCCGGAAGCGCGCCGCUGCCGGGAAGGUUGGAUGAGGCGAUCAAGGGGGUUGUUAGUGAGGCUGGGGAGUUGUUGGAGGAGGCGGAUGACGCGUUGGAUACGGGAAGGACGGCAGAGGAGAGGACGCCCUCGUGGUUGGAACAUACUGCCGAGAGGCUGUCGCCGUUUGCAAAGCUGCUUGAGGGUUUGAGAAGUGCGAUGAGUCUAGGGCUUGACUGUGUGUUACUAGCUAUCAAUUCUCAGCCUCAUGAUGGUGAGAGAGAACUUCCCGGCUACAGCAGCUCUCAGAUUCUACAAGAGGCCUCAACUAUCCGCUCACGAUUCCUUCAAGAGUCAGACAGCGAAGACCCUAGAGUUGAGAGCCAACGAUCCAUAAUCACAGAAUUUAUCGACGCUACUCAGGACUUCAUCUCUGAAAGCUCAUCUGCUGCUCCACCACCAAUUGAUGACGCAGAGAGUCGAGACCACAGCAACAGCAGCAUCGCUAAUCCAGAAACAAUUGCGUCGUCUCCUCACUCAGAAACGAAUGAGCCGCCUAUUCCGGAUUACAAUGCCAUCGGUAUAACCUCUCAAACACCGCUCCGCAUCUCACUCCGCCACCUCGCCAAGAAAGAACUCUCCAACCAUGAAGUCGUCGAAACCGCGUAUGUAUCUCGCCACAACGCCCCCACAAUCGCGAUCUCAACCCUCGAGUCUCCUACGCGCUUCUACGACACAAGCGCCAAUCAAGUUUCAUGUCUCCAAAACCAGCACGGUGUUAACAUGAUCUUCUCGCGCAAUGGUCGUCAGUGGGCAUAUCUUAGCGAGGAAGACGGCAAAGGCCUCAAUGCGGCGAGUCAUGAUGGUAUCAACUUUAAGAAACCGGUUGUUUACCUUGGUGACUACAUCAAUGGACGAAAAAUCCCGGUUUGUAAAUGGCCUGGUGGAAAGCCACUUGCGUUCUCGCAGGACGGGAAUUGGCUUGCGGUGGGAAGCACGAAAGGUCGGGUUGGGCUCAUGGACUGCAGUGCUAAUGUCAACAAGGCGAGCGUUGUGAUUCCAUGUCAUAUGGAUGAGGUUACACACGCUGUGUUCACACCAGACAGCAAGCUUCUCAUCACACAAUCUCGCGACGGCACGAUUCGCAUAACGAAUGUGGAAACCCGCGCAUCGAUCGCCAAGCUCGAAACCGAUACCUGGAAGAAACCUGUAUUCCUCGGAACGUCGCCCGAUGGAGAAGUCAUCGUUUCGUUAUGGGGCGAUACGGUGUUCCACUGGAAUCACGGCACCGCAGCCCUCGAGUCGUACAACCUCAGCGGGCGAAGAACACGCGAGGGCUGGCCCAUUGCUGUAUCAGCGGACUGUCGCUUCUUGUGCUGUAGAACAGAUGAUGGCGUUGAUGUAAGUGAUAUGUACUCGGGAAGAGUGCUGUAUACGAUUAAGUUUCAGAGCGGGUUUGUCACGGCGGCGUCGUUUAGUUGGGAUGGGAAAUACUUGAUUCUUGGAAAGGCGGCGUCGUGGAUGGGGUUGAAGAUGGGAACUUCGACUUUGGAUGUUUGGGAAUUGGUAUUCUAGGCGUUUAAAAUGGGCUGUAAGUUGGAUAUAUGUACGCUACAGAGAAAAGUUAUGAACCAGAAUUUGACCUUGAUAUUUGUGUAAGUUUA